UUGACAUCUACCUCUAUAGGUAAAGAUUAAAAAAUUCUUGCGGCUCUGUUUGGAAGUUGAUUUUUCUAACCUCGAGGUAGUUCACAGUCACUAUAGCAACAAGCAAGAGAAGGCUCUAAAGGAGUACACAAUGCCUGCGCCUGAGGGUACCAAACAAGAAGAAGUGAUCCCUCCUGCAAUCUCUAUCCCUGAUGGCAUUAAACCACUGUUUUUCUCCGGGCCAAGUCAACAGAUAUUUGAAUGUGUAGUCGACACUCACCUCACAAGUGACAAUCCGCACAAGCUCAUCCUGAAAGCAAAAAUAUUAGACGAUUUUAAAACUCGAGCGGCCGUGUGUGAUUUCCACCCUGUAAAGAAACAAGUACAGGCGUACCCAGGAGAGGAACUACUGAUUGUGUACGACCACGACUUUCAGUACGGAGAAAAUUUUUACAUUUGCAUCACCGAAGAAGCUAAAGAAAGAAUCCUAAAUCCACCUAAGGAAGACCUCGGAGAAGAAGGGGUUAAAGAAGGGGGCAGCAAAGAAGAGGAAGAGGAUGAUGUGAUCCCAUCCACCCCCGUCCCUCGAGAGUGGGAAUGUCUCGGCUCUGACACUGAGAUCAGAGAGAGCCUUGUCACAGACAGCAGACCAUUGAUCAGUUUCAAAGUGUCUCGUAAAAGAAUGUAUUUCAACUCUCCUGUUAGCUUGAGUGACCACCUUGCCUCAGUGCACUCUGACCUCGUCCUAGAUAUCUCUCCUCAUGAUGAACCCAACUAUCAGCUAUGCAGAUCUGAGAUGGACAUUGCUGUACAGGCUGUACCUGACACUUGUGAGGGCUCCUGUCAGACUGAGUGGAGGUCACCAGUCAAUGCUGCAGUGCAGUACAGUCCUCGUGAGCUGCCACCACAGGAAGCACAUACCCAGUGGGAGAGUCAGGCCAUGAGUGACUUCCUUAGCAAGGCCUACCCCAGAAUGGAGCUAAGCCUCCAACAAAACCAGAUCAUGGACAUAUUAGCAGACGACUACACAAACCUGUCAGAGACUGACUUCAUCACUGGGAACAAGUCUGACACUAAUCUGAAAGAGUACCAAUCCUUCACUGACCUCAAGUUCUCUAAAGAUAAACUCAUCACUUGCGUUGACUGGCACCCCACCAUCAAGGGUAUCAUUGCCGUGUCUUGUGGUCAGAACUACUCAUUUGACGAACGUAUACAACUCUCCAAUCGUCUUCUCCUCUCAAAAUCUCUCAUCCUUAUAUGGAGUUUCACUGACCCCAUUCAUCCCCAACUGUUUCUAGAAGCUCCUGAUGACGUGCUCUGUUUCAAAUUUAACCCUUCUGACCCCAACAUAGUCAUCGGAGGAUGUGCUAAUGGUCAGGUGGUGCUAUGGGACUUAGGGGAAUAUCAAGACAGACUGCAAGUAAACAAAUCUCAGGAAUCUUCUGAUGUUCGAAGUGCUGCUGCUAACAUGGCUAUCUUUGACACUGACCCCAAGUUGGACCAUGCUCCAAUGGUACAGUACGCUGCUGUCAGCUCUAUCAAGGACAGUCACAGUUUGGCCGUGUGUCAUGUGCAGUGGGUGCCGGAGCAUAUCGAGGUGUCUACUAAGAACUUUCAAGUACUGGAGGGAGUUGGAGGAAAAACCAAUCAAAUCAUCAGUGCUAGCAUUGAUGGUAACGUAUUGUUCUGGGACAUUCGACCGUCUGUUCAGAGGAAAGUGAGUGUGCAGAAGUCCUCCACAGUGACUCCCGACCAACCGUAUGCCCACAUCAACCUCACCUGGAAACCAUUCCUUAAAUUGCCCCUCGCUCGAGUGGAUUUUCCUGGAAUGUUUUCUGUCACUAGAGUUAGUAUUCACGAGAAACACAAGCAGAAGCCCAAAGUAGCUAGCUCUGACCUUGCGGAGGAGCCCAGUGUGACGGCCAGUGGAGAGGGCAAACCAAUCGAGGGAGCAUCCACCAUGUUCUUCAUUGGCUCUGAGGAUGGUGAGGUAGCCUACUAUGACUGGGUGCCCAUGAGAGACUCUGAGAGCGGUAAACUGGUUCCCUCUCCACCAAAGUUCCAUUCCAAUACUCACAACGGCCCGGUGUCGUGUGUCGAGAGGUCACCUUUCUUCAGAGACAUAGUCCUCUCCGUUGGCGGGUGGACCUGGGCCAUCUGGAGAGAGGGGUCAAAGGGUGAUGCCCUGCUCAAGUCUCACAGCUCGUCCGUGCAGCUGACUGGUGGGGCCUGGUGUCCAACACGUCCUGGAGUGUUCUUUGUAACUAAAGCCAAUGGAAAUGUUGAUGUCUGGGACCUCAUGGACAGAUCUCAUGAACCACUGUUGGCUCAGAAUGUUUCCCCCAUGUGUAUCACCUCUGUCUACCCAUGGCCUCUCACCAGUAAGCAGUUGAUGCUGGCAGUGGGAGACAGUGGUGGUACUCUGCACAUACUUGAGGUACCCUGGAGCUUGAGUCAUCCCUCCAGUAAUGAGGUGUCCAUAAUGAAGUCAUUCUUUGAGCGUGAGGAGAAACGUCUCGACUCUACCACUCAGCGAUUGUCAACCAGGAAGAUUGAAAAGAAGAAGCUGGACUCAUCCAAAGUGGAGCCCAAGACAGAGGAAGGAGGAGACACUACGAAAGCCGUGAUAGACAACUCAGAGGAAUUGGCAAAAAAAGAAUAUGACGAAUAUCUGUCAAUGGAGUUAAAGCUGCUUGUUGAACUGGGUCUAGUACAACUGAACUCUAGUACUGAUGACUAGCUAGGAUUGUGCAUAUUAUGCUGUAUGUUUAUGUCAGUUGUCUAUUUUAUUUCAUUUGGUUAUGAUCGUCACAUAAUAAAAACAUUAUCGUGUGUCA